AUGGCGCACAACGAAGACCUAGGCGCGUCCCAUCAGCCUCCUGAUGCGACCGAAAGAAGACUCAGCCAGCGGCAUUCCAGCAUGACCAUGGUCAGCGACGCCGACUGCCACACUUACGAGGGGACCUCCGCCACGAUUAGCGGGAGGGAUUCUCUGAUCUCGAUGCAGUCCUACUCACUUCACAAUUCGCCGCCGCUGGAUGAGGGAGACGAGUUCGAAAGGCAGCCGUUGUCGGCCUCAUGGACCGCGUCCUUUUCGUAUAGCGGCGCAACCGCCUAUGAGGCCUUGUCACCCAGAUCCACCGUGCCCCCUGAAGUGUCCUCACAUGCGGGCCGGAGGUCGAGCCUUGCGACGUCGCGACGCGGCCAAAAGACCACACCCGAAGAAGAGGAGCACGACCUCUCUCUGCUGCGCGCCGCCGCGCCCUUUGGCAAGUCGUCGCAGCACGAGUCGGAUCAGGACGACGAACCCAUCUUCGAUGUGACCGCCACCCUGGGGCCGAUGGGCUUCCAAGACGCGGCCUUUAUCAAGAAAUUGCAGGAGCAGGAGGCGAGCGGUCGUCUCACCGGCGGUCUGGGGGCCGGUUUUAAGCCGGACGCCAGGAUCAAUAGCGAGGAUCUCAUGGCGCCGCCGACCGCCUCGCCCAGGCGAUCCAUUACACGGUCCUUCUCUCGCAGGCCGAGCCUGGGCCGGCCGAGCUUGGGCCGUCGGGCGACAAUCAAGGACCGAGGCCAGGACGAGGCCAACAAGAGGGGCGAGGUCAUCGAGGUCAUCAUCGAGGAGACGACGGCGGAGGAGGGCCCGCGGCAGCACCAGCAUGACCAGGUCGACCUCAGCGUCGUGGCGGGGCCGACGGUCGCGGGCGACGACGGCGUCAACAUGCGCCAGGCCACGUUCCCCGUCAACAAGAGCCAGAAGACGCAGAUCUUUUACCCGCAGCCCAACUGGAAGCCCUUUUCGAUGAGGUGGCCCUACCUGACGGGGCUCAUCAGCUUGUCCAUCGCGCUGGCCAUCAUGGUGGAGCUCCUCUUCCAGAGGUCGCGCACGCACCCGCUGGUCCGGUUCCGGUCCCCGGCCGAGGUCCCGGGGCUCGAGUACUUCGCCGUCAAGUUCCUGCCGACGAUCCUCUCCGUCAUGUACGGCGUCCUGUGGCAGGUCACCGACUUCGAGGUCAAGCGCCUCGAGGCCUACUACCAGCUGUCCAAGGAGGGCGGCGCCCUCGCGGCCGAGUCCAUCAACGUCGACUACGUCACCAGCCUCAGCUGGCUGCGACCCAUCCGGGCCAUCAAGCUGCGGCACUUUGCCGUCGCCGUGUCGUCCGUCGCCACCUCGCUGGCCGUGUCGCUGGUGCCGACGUUUGGCGCCGCCGCCUUCGUUCUGUAUCCCAACCGGGCCGAGCGGCUCGCGCACCCCGACGGCGAGAAGGUGAUCCGCCUGCAGGCGGUGUGGGCGAGGCUGCUCUCCUCGACCCUGUGCGUCUGCGCGUUCUGCGGCUGCGUGCUCUUCUACAUCCUCCAGAGGAGGAGGUCCGGCCUGCUGGCCGACGUCAGGGGCAUCGCGGGCCUCGCGUCCAUGGCCGUCGUCAGCCACAUCCUCGUCGACUUUGCGGACCUGGACGUCGUCAGCCACCGCGACAUCCACGCCAAGCUCAAGCACCACCGCUACGUCCUCCGCAACGCGUCGCUGGCCCCCGACGACGAGAACCCCGUCUCCUCGCAGGACACGGACAGGUUCCGAGACGACCACAUGACCGAGAACCCGCACCCGCGCUCGCUGCGUCUCGACGGGUUCCUGCCGUUCGUCAUCGGCAUCGCCCUCUUCAUGGGCUUCAUCCCCGUGUUCCUCUUCUCGGGCGCCAGCAUCAUCACGGCCAACGCGCCGUGGGUCGUGACCGCCUUGGCCGUCUGCAUCAAGCUCGGCUGGGGCGCGCUGGAGACGGACAUGCGCAUGAUGGAGCCCUACUACAUCCUGUCCAAGAGGCACUCGCCGUCGAGGACGCUCACGCUCGACUACACGGCCAUGCCGUUCGCGCUGAUGCCGUUCAAGGCCUUCCUCAACGGCCACCUGCUCAUGUUCCUGGUCGGCUUCGGCAGCAUGAUGGCCGAGGUGCUGACGGUGCUGCUGACGGGCCUGGCGACGGUCGUGGGCACCGAGUUCCUCGACGCCGCCGUCUCGCCCGGCGGCGACGCCGAGCAAGGGAGCAUCAACGCGGGCCAGGAGACGGUCGCGUCCUUUUGGAUCUCGUUCGGCCUCGCCACCUUUAUCCUGCUGUACAUGGGCACCGUCGCGACCGUCGUCUUCCUCCGGCGCCGGCACCCGUUCCUGCCGCGGCAGCCCAGCACCAUCUCGUCGCACCUGGCCUUCAUCCACCAGAGCAAGAUGAUUUACGACUUUGUCGGCACGUCCAAGCUCAGCAACGCCGGCAUGGUGCGCCACCUCGAGGGGCUCGGCAAGACGUACGGGCUCGGCUGGUUCGAGGGCCGCGACGGCCAGACGCACUGCGGCGUCGACCAGGAGAACCUGCUCGGCCACUACAAGCACGGCAAGGACUUCCAGGGCACCAACAAGCCGUGGAACCAGCACUGGGAAUCGUACGACUGA